GCAGGCAGGAGUCUGAAAUAAUCACCACUGAUCAAUAGAGUACAUGUAAUAGAAUUUCCUUCCUUCAUCUCUGCACUGAUGAAGCUCAAGGUUGCUGUUGUUGGGGCUGGUGUGAUAGGGCUCUCUACAGCUCUGCAUCUGACUGAGAGGUUCCCAGAUGCUCUGCAAGUGACAAUCAUAGCUGACAGAUUCACUCCAGACACUGUCUCCGAUAAAUCUGCUGCUGUUAUAAAACCACUGGAUUUCUACAGAGCUAAAGGAUCAGAUCAAUUUAGCUCUGCAAAAGAUGUGUCUGCGUACCAAGAUAGGGUGGCGAGGUGGUAUCAGGACACAAUGAAGAGGUUCCAUAAGAUCCAUGUUUCAGAAGACAACAGUGAAGUUAAGCUUACUCUACUGGCUCAAUACCACUUGCAGCAGCACGAGGACACUCCAGACCCAUCGUGGAAAGACGUUGUCUUUGGAUUCAGGCAUGUGUACCCAGAUUCUGAUGAAACCUCUCUCUUUAAUUUCCCACCAGAAUGCAAAACAAUCUGGUCUUAUUCCACGUACACUGUUAACCCCACUCUUUAUCUCCAAUGGAUGCAGAAGCAAAUCUUGAGCAAAGGAGCAACUAUCAAGAAAGUAAAGAUCGAUUCACUACAAGAAAUCUACGAUGGUUUUGAUGUUGUGGUAAAUUGUACCGGUGUUUGGGCCAGUCAUCUGUUAGAGAAGGAAAGUAUGCAGCCAGCUAGAGGACAGCAUAUUCUUGUCAAAGCACCAUGGAUCAACCAUUGCAUUCACUAUGAUCCAGGACCAAAGCGGACAUAUAUCAUUGCUCGAUCUGACUCGGUAGCACUGGGGGGCACUCUAGAACCUGGAAACUGGAGUGAAAAAAUCGAAGAAGAAACAACUAAAGAAAUUCUAAAGAGGUGCACUGAAAUAGAGCCAAGCCUAGCAAAAGCUGAAGUGAUUGGUGUGUCGGUAGGAUUGAGACCACUCAGGAGUCGUAUCAGAUUGGAGAAAAGCUUGGAAUCUGAAAGCCCUCUCGUUAUCCACUGCUAUGGUCACGGUGGACAAGGCAUAACACUGAGCUGGGGGUGUGCAAAGGAGAUUGGAGACAUUGUGCAAGAUAGUGUGAUCAAGAACAAACAUAGACUCGUUCCCAGGAGUUGUCUCUAAAAUAACACUUGCAUUUAUUUUGUAGUCAGCGAUCUUUACUGCAGGCACAUGGGCAGAGAUUG